CUCGUCUUAUCUAGCCUAAUAGACAGCGCAGGCAAUUUGAAUACAGCUGUUUUGACCUCCAGUCAGCUGAUGAGAACAGGAAGAAUAGACAAUCCGCAGAUCACAGCAGACAACAUUACACGGAACGUUCUGUCCUCCUCUGGACAUAUCUGAAGAGCAGUUAUAUUUUGGCUUAGGGAAAGUGAAAAGAAAACUCUCCCUGUGACAUUAUUUGCUUGCAGGAGAACGUGUCCCCGGGACAAACAGACCAAAGGUAGCUACAUAGAUAGACCCCUGUCCCCAGCCACACUCCCCUCCUCUACUGUAUUCUGGAAAAUUCCGAGGCACCUCUGGCCAGGGGAGAGGCCGUUUUCCGACUGCGCUGUCAAAAGGAGACAGGAAAAAAAGCCCCCCCCAGUUUGAGCACAGUGGACUCAAUGAGGGAGCCAGAGAGGGAGGAGCCGCUUGACGACAGCAUGCCUCCCAAAUUCAAACGGCACCUCAACGACGAGGAGGUCACAGGCUCUGUGCGCAGCGAGAGGAGAAACUUGCUAGAGGAAGAUUCUGAUGAAGAGGAAGACUUCUUCCUGAGAGGACCCACAGGACCAAGAUUUGGGGCAAAAAAUGACAAAAUCAGAAACGUGCAGUCGCAGGUUGAUGAGGUCAUCGAUGUCAUGCAGGAGAACAUCUCCAAGGUUAUUGAGAGGGGCGAACGUCUGGACGACCUGCAGGACAAAUCAGAGAGCCUGUCGGAUAAUGCCUCAGCCUUCAGCAGCCGCGCCAAGCAGCUUCACAGGAGGAUGUGGUGGAGAGACGUGAAGAUGAAGGCAAUAAUUGCUCUGGUUGUGGUGGUGCUACUGCUCAUUAUUAUCGUACCUGUGAUCCUGCGGUAUCGCUAGAAGUCUCCAGUCUCUCCUGGCUGCACUCACUCCUCCACACCAGCGUGAGGCGCACACACACACACACACACACACACACACAUACACACACACACACACACACACACACACACACACACACAUACCUAGCUGCUCUGCCCACUGGGCUAACCAGCUCAGGGCCAGAUCCAGGGUCCAGCUCUCUGUGUGUGUGCAGCCCCCCCCCCCCCAUGUAUACUGAAUAUAUUUCAUCUGAACAUAUCAGUAAGCAAAUACACACACACACACACACACACACACACACACACACACACACAUAGAUUCUUCACUUGAAGACUGUCUGCGGUCAAUCAGGCCAGUUGGUGCCUGCUUUCCUCAUCACAGGUGCUCUUCUCAGCCAUCUUAAAAAAAAGUCUUACUCAUCGUUGGAAACGUUUCCUGGUCACAUGAACAGGAGUCAUUUGAAGUAUGCUUACCAGAACUGUGAAUCAGAUAUAAUGUUAGAGCCCAUACUUAUUCUGAAUAUACUCAAGCACACCACACACACACACACAGAUACGUGUUGCUUAAGGAAUUGGUUAUAGUUUUGUUUCCAUCGAGUUAAGUAAAUGGAAAACCACAAUUCAAGUAAUUUGUACAUAGUUUUGGUUAAGAUUAUGAUGAAUGAAAUACAUGUGACACCAGAUAAGAGGGCCUGGGUGGGUGUCUGUAUGUAACCUGCAUCAACUUGGUUUAAAAUCUCACAUAAAAUGUAUACAGUUCUAGGGAUUCAA